AUGUCUCUGAUUGCUCCGCGAGCUGCGCGACGUGCGCUCCCCCUGUGCGCGAGGGCCCACGCCGCGCGGGCGUUCAGCGCCUCCGUAUACAGGAGCAAGACGGCCACCGAGACCGUCAAGGACGGGCUUAAGACGGUCGAUAGGGCGGUUACGGAUCACGUCGUUCUUCCGGGGCUGGAAGCUGCCGCUACUGCGGGGCGGAAGGUGAAGCAGAGUGCCGAGGCGGUUACCCAUAAGGGCAAGGCGAGCGAGGUCAAGGGCCAGGUGAAGGGGAUGGCGGAGGAGGUCAAGGGCCAGGUGAAGGGGAAGGCGGAGGAGGUCAAGGGCCAGGUGAAGGGGAAGGCGGAGGAGGUCAAGAGCCAGGUGAAGGGGAAGGCGGAGGAAGUCAAGGGCAAGGCGGAAGAGACUGCUGCCGAGGUGCAGGGAAAGGUGAAGGGGGCGGCGGAAGAGGCCAAAAGGGAUGUGUGA